AUGGCUGGUUGUCUCCUGGAGAGUGGGGUGAAAAAAGCUGACAUCGCGGUGAAUCUGGCUCGGUGGAUGGGACACCUGAGCGGAUUGGGGGGAAGGGGUACAGAUGCAGCCGUCGCAGAAAGGUCUGGGGGCCCCGUGGCCGCAGAGAUUCUGGGGUGAGCGUGGACAAGGCACGGCCUCACCGCAUAGUCCGCGUUCCGUCAGCCCCCACCCUCGCCGCACCCACGGAGGCAGCCGCGCCAGGGGGCCGGGAACGAGGGGAUUCGGGCUGCGGCCCCUUUAAACACAAGCCCCGCCCCCUCCAGUCUGCGCUCCGCUUCAGUCGCCGUCGCCAUCAUGAUCUGUUUGGUGCUGACCAUCUUCGCCAACCUCUUCCCCGCGGCCUGCUCCGGCGUGCACGAGCGCACCUUUCUGGCGGUGAAGCCCGACGGCGUGCAGCGGCGGCUCGUGGGAGAGAUCGUGCGGCGCUUAGAGAGGAAGGGCUUCAAGCUGGUGGCGCUGAAGCUGGUGCUGGCCUCCGAGGAGCUGUUGCGCGAACACUACGCCGAGCUGCGCGAGCGCCCUUUCUACGGCCGCCUGGUCAAGUACAUGGGCUCCGGGCCGGUGGUGGCCAUGGUGUGGCAGGGUUUGAACGUCGUGCGCAUCUCGCGGGCUCUCAUCGGAGCCACGGAUCCUGCGGACGCGCCUCCCGGCACCAUCCGCGGGGAUUUCUGUAUCGAGGUCGGCAAGAACGUGAUUCAUGGCAGCGAUUCUGUGGAGAACGCCCGCCGUGAGAUAGCGCUCUGGUUCCGCCCCGAGGAGCUCAUGUGCUGGGAGGACAGCACGGAGCAUUGGCUGUAUGAGUAGUGGAGCCGCGGGGACCCGGCCUCCUGCAGCGGCAGAGGACCCAAGGCCAGAGGACCCAAGGCCGGGUGCCCGGGGCCUCUAGGGCAGACGUGCUGCAAUAGGUUGUGGCUCACUUGGCACCCUCCAGGCCCCGGAGGUGGUGCUCAGAACACCCCUUCUGUGACAGGUAUCACAGGAUCCCUUCAGGACCUCCCACAGGGCAGGUGGGUCUGCCCAGCCCGGCAUGCGACUGUUUGGAAAAUGCCUGGAAAUGUACCAGGGCACCAACCCUGGCACUGAGCUUGCUCCAGCAUUUCUUUUUCUAAUAAACUGAAGAAAACCCUUGUACUCAC